AUGGACAGUUACACUUUUCCGGACUACCGCUUGAAGCGGAAAAUGAACGACCCAAGCAAGACACCACUGCUACUCGUCGCCUGUGGCUCGUUUUCACCAAUUACUUUCCUCCACCUCCGAAUGUUCGUUAUGGCAGGCGAUUAUAUAAAACACAAUACCAACUUUGAGCUCAUCGGUGGUUAUUUGUCUCCUGUCUCGGACGCCUACAAGAAACAAGGCUUAGCCGCUGCAGAGCACAGAGUUAACAUGUGCAAAUUGGCCAUUGACAAGGCUUCGAACUGGUUGAUGGUCGAUACCUGGGAGGCCGAGUCAGCCGAGUACCAGCCCACUGCGCUUGUCCUGGACCACUUCGAUCACGAGAUAAACGUCGUACGAAAGGGUGUGGAGGCAGAGAACGGGGAGCGGAAGCAGGUUCAUAUUGCCCUUCUUGCUGGUGCCGAUCUUAUACAGACCAUGUCGCAACCAGGCGUUUGGGCUGAGAAAGAUUUGGAACAUAUACUUGGACAAUAUGGUUCCUUCAUCGUCGAAAGACAGGGUACCGAUAUCGACGAAGCUCUUGCCAGCUUGCAAACAUACCGAGAGAACAUCUACGUCAUACAACAAUUAAUCCAGAACGAUGUCAGCAGCACCAAGAUUCGUCUCUUUCUUAAGAGAGGCAUGAGUGUGCAGUACCUCAUUCCUGCACCCGUGGUUGAAUAUAUCGAGCAGAACCACCUCUUCGUCGAAGAAAACCGCGGUUCCGCUUCCAGCAGCAGCCUGCCUGCCUCAAAUGAGGCCAAGGGAAAAGACCCAGAACCUGCGACAGCCUCUGCGAACUGA